CCAACAAAAAAUAAAAUAAAAAGACAACAACAACAAACAUUUUUCUCUCUAUCCUUUGUUAUUAUAGAAAAAAAAACUCCGAUGGAUCGGCAAAAUUCCGAUGACAUCAUGAGAUUUCUCGAUGGAAUGGCUAGCUCUGACGAUGUUCUUUUCGGUUUUCUCGACGAAGGAAACCAGUCGCCGGAAGAUUUCUCUGAUUCCGUAAACCUCAACGCCGGCGGAGAUGACGGCGACGAAGACGACAGUAAUAAUAAUUCUGAAGAAAACAAAGCUUUUUGGCAAGAACAAGAACAACUUCUUCAGGGGACACUGUAUAGGACAAGUUCCAAUGAGACAAAGAUUAGACAAGCUACGAAAGAAGCGUUGAAACAAGUUAAAUCUGAAGGUCUUAAUUGUGUUUGCCGGCGACCAGUGGACGGCGGUUGCCGGAGUUGCUUACGUGGCGAAAUCUCUAGACACCUCAGAGAUGUCGCCGGCUACGAUUGUGUCAUCUCCAAAUCUAAAUGGAGAAGUUGUCAAGACAUCCCUGCAGGGGAACACGAAUUUAUAGAGAUCGUGGACCGGUCGGGUUCGAAGAAAGGCGAGAUGAGAGUGGUGAUUGAGUUAUCAUUUAGGGCAGAGUUUGAGAUUGCAAAAGGCAGUGAAGAGUACAAAAGACUAGUCAGCCGAUUGCCGGAGGUUUAUGUCGGAAAAAACGAGAGGCUUCGAUCUCUGAUCAAGAUAUUGUGCAUUGCGGGAAAGAAAUGCUUGAGAGACAAGAAAAUGCAUAUGGCUCCUUGGAGAAAACAUAAGUACAUGCAAGCCAAGUGGCUUGGGACAUGUGAUCGAUCUAGCUCCUUGGAAGCGGCGGUUUCAGAGGCGAUGGAGCCAGAGAAUUGGGUGCCGGUGGCGAAGCCUAGGGUUUCUAUGUUGAACUAUGAUGGUCUCUUAGGUAGUUUCUCCGCCGGUCCGGCCACUGUUACGGUCGUGUGAUAUUGUGUGCUGUGUUUUUUGAUGACUUGUAAUUAUUAAUUGAUUAGGGUGAGUGUUAAUUAUGAGUUUUGGAUUUGACGUUGGCCAGAAAUGGUCUCAGCGACUUUGAUCCGAUCCUCAACAUUAAGUAGCAAGUGACGUAAAGGCUGGUUUGGGUCAUUGGUGUUGGAAGAAAUGAGAUGUUUGGGA